GGUGUUUUCAAGCCUGUGGACCUUAACCAUGUCAUCAAACUUCUUGAAGAGACUAAUAAAUGUGCCCAGCUCUCCCAUCUCUUCCUAAGAGGUCCUAGAGAAAGGCUAGAAGUAAUAAGAUUCACCAAGAAGUUUAAGUCACAUCUACCAUAAUUUCUUAGCUGUAAAACAAAAUCAAUGAAUUGUGUUUAUGUGCCAAUAGGAUUUUUAAUAGAUAAAAUAAAAGAUACCUUAAUCUGAAGAUCUAGAAAGGCUAUAUUUUGCUUUCAUAUUAGUUUCAGAUAAAAUCCUAACCAAUUUAAACCUUAAAUACAGGAAAAUUCAUCUGAGUUUUAAUGUUAAUAAAAUAGUGGAGUAAAGUAGGUUUGAGUUGCUCAUUCUGAGACAGAAUAUGUUUGUGUGGGCAGGGUGGGGGAUGAAGAUGAAGGGUAUAAUUGAGCCUAAUCAAUAAGUUAAUGUUUUCAAUGUGCUAUUACUCAUUGCCAAUGGAGAAAUUAUUGAUCAACUAAAUCUGUGUUGUAGCAGUUUGUAAUCCAACUCAAGUUGUGAGAGGAAAAAAAUUGUGAGUAGGAGUUUACUGAGGCAAAAAGAAAAUAGUUUUCUGAAAAAAUAUUGUUCUAAAUUUCCUUUCUUAGACCUCAAAAUAAGAAUAAUUAAAACAGUAUCUACUGCAUUUAACAAAAUAGUUGGAAUUCUAGACUUUUUUCACAGAAUUAUUAUAAAGAGUAUGUUAACAAAAAUAUUAAUCUUAAUUUUAUUUCUUAACUAAACAUAUUAAAGCCAUUAAGGGAUUUAGCACAGAUAUUUAAAAUUCUGAAUCUGUGUGCAGGAAAAAUAAAAAACCAGCCUCGUUUUGUAGAAUCUGCAUAUGAUAUCAUAAAAUUGUGUGGGUAAGUUAUCUUUCUUUAACUUUGUUUUAUAUUAGCAUGGAAUAUUUUAUUAUGUUUCUUAUGUCACAAACAUACUAUGCAUUAUAGUGUAGCAGGUUGCUACAGAACUCAGACAACUUCAGUUCAUCCCUUGAUUCCAGCAGUUGAGACUUCAGGUGACUUAAUGAAAAUACCAAGUUCUGAAUUGAGGAUACAAAUUUGUAAGUGUAUUGUUGACUUUUAUCAUGCAGAACCACCAAAGAAGCAUAUUCCAGGUUACCAGCAAGCAAGUUCAUCAUACAAGAUUCAAAUGGCAGAAGUUGGAGGAUUAGCAAAAACAAUGGUUCAGGCAAUGACCUUGCUUGAAAACCAACUUGUUGAGAAACUAUGGGUACUUAAAGCUCUGCAGCAUCUCUCAACUUCUGAAGUUAAUUGUAGUAUAAUGAUGAAAGCACAAGCAGCCAGUGGAAUCUGUGCUCACCUCAAUGACCCAGAUCCCUCUGGACAGCUUUUAUUUCGUUCAUCAGAAAUACUUUGGAACUUGUUGGAAAAAUCUUCAAAAGAAGAAAUCCUACAACAGCUUAGUAACUUGGAAUGUUUGCUGGCUUUGAAGGAAGUAUUUAAAAAUCUGUUUAUGAGAGGUUUUAGUCAUUAUGACCGUCAGCUUAGAAAUGACAUAUUAGUGAUCACUACAAUUAUAGCUCAAAAUCCUGAGGCACCAAUGAUUGAAUGUGGCUUUGCUAAGGAUUUGAUACUGUUUGCCACCUUUAAUGAAGUUAAAAGUCAAAAUAUUUUGGUAAAAGGACUUAAGCUUUCUAAUUCCUAUGAAGAUUUUGAGUUGAAGAAAUUACUGUUCAACAUAAUUGUGAUCCUAUGUAAAGAUUUACCUACUAUACAGCUAUUAAUUGAGGGCAAAGUUAUUUUGGCUUUGUUUACCUAUGUUAAGAAGCCUCAGAAACAAAAAACAAUUAACUGGUCUGCAGCACAGUAUGAAGAAUUACAACUGCAUGCAAUUGCCACUUUGUCUUCAGUGGCUCCUUUAUUAAUAGAAGAAUACAUGUCAUGCCAGGGAAAUGCUCAAGUCCUUGCAUUUCUAGAAUGGUGUGAGAGUGAAGAUCCGUUUUUCAGUCAUGGUAACAGUUUUCAUGGUACAGGUGGCCGAGGCAACAAGUUUGCCCAGAUGCGCUACAGUUUACGACUCCUGAGAGCCAUGGUCUACCUUGAAGAUGAGACUGUAAACACAGAUCUUUGUGAAAAGGGAACAAUUCAGCAAAUGAUAGGAAUCUUUAAAAAUAUAAUAAGCAAGACUAAUGAAAAGGAAGAAGCCAUUGUUUUGGAAAUCCAGUCUGAUAUAUUACUUAUCCUAUCUGGUCUUUGUGAGCACCAUAUUCAAAGGAAGGAAAUUUUUGGAACUGAAGGAGUAGAUAUAGUUCUUCAUGUGAUGAAAACAGAUCCCAGGAAGUUACAGAGUGGCUUAGGCUAUAAUAUACUUCUUUUUAGUACAUUGGACAGCAUUUGGUGCUGUAUUUUGGGAUGUUAUCCCUCAGAGGAUUACUUUCUUGAAAAGGAAGGCAUUUUUCUCCUUUUGGAUGUGUUGGCAUUGAACCAAAAAAAAUUCUGUAAUCUAAUGCUUGGAAUAAUGGUUGAAUUUUGUGAUAAUCCCAAAACUGCAGCUCAUGUUAAUGCUUGGCGAGGGAAGAAGGAUCAGACAGCUGCCAGUCUUUUAAUUAAAUUGUGGAGAAAGGAGGAAAAAGAACUAGGAGUAAAACGUGAUAAAAAUGGGAAGAUCAUUGAUACAAAGAAACCUCUAUUUACUAGCUUUCAAGAAGAGCAAAAAAUCAUCCCACUGCCUGCUAACUGCCCAUCUGUUGCAGUUAUGGAUGUUUCUGAGAAUAUUAGAGCAAAAAUUUAUGCUAUAUUGGGCAAACUGGAUUUUGAAAAUUUACCUGGUCUAUCUGCUGAAGAUUUUGUCACUCUCUGUAUUAUACAUAGAUAUCUUGAUUUUAAAAUUGGAGAAAUAUGGAAUGAAAUAUAUGAAGAAAUAAAAUUAGAAAAAUUAAGACCAGUCACUACAGAUAAAAAAGCUUUGGAAGCUAUUACAACAGCAUCAGAAAAUAUUGGAAAGAUGGUUGCUUCUCUGCAAAGUGAGAUAAUUGAAAGCCAAGCACGCCAAGAUGUGCAAAAUGAACAAAAAGUAUAUGCAAAAAUACAAGCCACACACAAGCAAAGAGAGCUGGCUAAUAAAUCAUGGGAAAAUUUCUUGGCUAGAACAUCAAAUGCUAAAACAUUAAAGAAAGCAAAAAGGUUUCAAGAAAAGGCUAUUGAAGCCUCUAGAUACCAUGAACGACCACAAAAUGCAAUAUUUCACCCAACAGAUAUUAAAGGCCUUAACACAACGGUGCCUUCUGGUGGGGUAGUAACAUUGGAAAGCACUCCUGCCCGAUUAGUAGGAGGACCUCUGGCUGAUACGGAUAUUGCUCUUAAAAAACUGCCCAUUCGAGGAGGAGCCUUGCAGAAGGUGAAAGCAGUUAAAAUUGAGGAUGUACCAAAAAAGAGUAUUCCUACAUAAUAUACUGUACAGACUUUUUGAAAUAAAAUCAGCUUAUAAUUUUUUUAGUUGAUAUCUUUAUAUAUACAUAAAACAAUUGUUUUAGAAUAAAUAUUUUAGUAUAACUAUUUUAGUAAAAUACUAUAAAAAAUAAAGGACAUUUAACUUAUUUUUAUGGAAAACAUCAACAUGUAAUAUCAGAAGAGUUGUCAUCAGUUUAUUUGGAAAGGCUACCAAUUUUAUUAAGUGAAGUUAUAAAGCAUAGUACAGCAGUUAGGACUCUGUUGGUUGCAUGUGAAGUAUUCUAACUCGUUUAAGCCAGAAAAAAAAAUUUCUUACAGGCUCUGUAUCUAUCAAAUCUAGAAGUAAUUUAGACUACAGACAUUGCUAAAUCUAGGGGCUAAAACUAUAUGAGUAGGUUCUUUUCCUUCCCUAGCAGCUGUUGGCUUACAUUCUCUUAAGUUCAUGCCUGUGUAUCAGUGGUUUCUGCAACGCCUAUGGAUCUCGGGACCCCUGAUUGACCACAUGCCUCCUCCUGAGCCAUUCACCAUAACGUGGACCAAGGCUGAGUACUGCCUAUUCCUGGAGCCAGAAGCAGGCCAACCCCACCCAAAACAUAUGGAUAGAGUGGGGAAUCAGGGUACUAUUAUCAGAAGUAAGUAUAUAUGAAUAUAGAGCAGCAAGAAAAACAAUACCUCUGCAACAAGUAUGUUGAUCAAAAUAAAAUUAUGUUUUCUUUGCUAUAAAAGCAAAUGUUUAUCAUGA